AUGCAGCCGUAUGAUUAUAAUAGAGGUUUAAAUAAUAAUACAGCAAAUUACAAUAAUCAGAAUAAUGCAAAUGCUCCUAUAAAUAAUCCGUUUCUUCAUAACAACGAUGUAGGAAAUAAUAAUAAUAUGAAGACAAAUGAAGGUCCAUAUAAUGCACCAACAUAUUUUAACCCUGGUCAGCAUCAACAACAACAACAACAGCAGCAACAACAAGGUCCACCUCUUCAUCAAGGUUAUCAGCAUGCUGGUGUAUAUGGUAUGAAUCAAGGUAAUUAUAAAACAAAUAAUAUAGGUGAAAAUAUGUAUAAUCAAGAUGUUCAUAAUAAUAGUGGUUAUAUAAAUCAAGGACAACCUUAUCGUAAUAUGACGAAUCAGUUUAUUCCUGUAGGUGCAAAUAAUACUUUAAAAGCAGGAGGAAAUAUGUUAGGUUAUGAUAAUAUGGGUAAUAUAAAUCAUGUACAGCCAAUUAUAAAUGAUACAUAUCAAGAAUUUUUACAAUUUAAUGCAUUUUCUCAUUUUGUUAAAAGUUCAGUUAGUUAUAUGCCAGCCAAUACUACUUUGAAACAAAAAGCUUAUGUACCUCUUGGGUUUGUGAUACAACCUUUAGCACCUAUACCAGAUGGUUAUCCAGAAUUAGCAUCUGUAAAUUUUGGUAAUUCAACAGUUGUAAGAUGUAAAAAAUGUAGAACUUAUAUUAAUCCAUUUGUUAGAUUUGAGGCUGGAGGGAAAAAAUGGAAUUGUAAUAUGUGUUAUAAUAUUAAUGAUACUCCUCAAUUUUAUUUUGUACCUUUAGAUGAAAAAGGAAAGAGAAAAGAUUUAUUUCAAAGGCCAGAAUUAUGUACAGGUAGUGUUGAAUUUAUUGCACCUAGUGAUUAUAUGAUAAGACCACCACAACCACCUGUAUAUUUAUUUUUAAUAGAUGUAACAGUUACAUCAGUAAAUUCUGGUUUAUUAGAUGUUGUUUGUAGUACAAUAAAAAGUUUACUACCAAAAAAUAAUGAUUCAACCGAAAAUAAUAAUAACAACGACAAUAAUAAUAAUAAUAAUAAUAGUAAUGGUAAUAGUAAGAAUUUAAAAUCUUUUGAUUCUCGUACCUUAAUUGGUAUUAUGACCUUUGAUUCAACUAUACAUUUUUAUAAUUUAAAUUCUAAUUUGAAACAAACACAAAUGAUGGUGGUUCCUGAUAUACAAGACAUUUUUAUUCCACUUCCUGAGGAUAUUUUAGUAAAUGUUCAUGAAUGUCAAAAUGUUAUAGAUGUGUUAUUAGAUAAUUUACCAGGUAUGUGGAGAAAUAAUAAAAUUAGUGAUUGUUGUGCAGGAAAUGCUUUAAAAGCUGCUUUUAUGGUAUUAAAAAAAGUUGGUGGGAAAUUAUUAUUUUUUCUUUCUUCAGUUCCAAAUAUUGGUGAUUUAACUGUAAAUGUGAAUAGAGAUAAUAAGGAUAAAAGUAAAAUUAAAAAUAUUUACAGUUCUAGUAGUUCAACUAAUAAUGUUGUUGAUUCAAAAUUGAGAGAAGUAGAAUUAUUAAAUCCAUGUAAUAACCUUUAUGCUGAAUUAGCGCAAAAUGUAACACAAUAUCAAAUAGCUGUAGAUUUAUUUGCAUGUCCUUUAUAUAAUUUAGAUUUAGCUUCUAUAUAUCCCUUAGUAAAAAAUUCUGGUGGCUCAUUAUAUUAUUAUCCUCAAUUUAAUGUACAUCAAUAUAAUGAUAAAUUGAAACAAGAAUUAUUAUUUGCCUUAACAACAGAAACAGCAUGGGAAUCUGUUAUGAGAAUAAGAAUUAGUAGGGGUUGGAAAAUUACUAAUUGGUAUGGAAAUUAUCAAUUUAGAGGAGCAGAUUUAUUAGCAUUACCAAAUUGUCAUUCCCAUCAAAAUUUUUGUAUUAUUGUAGAUUUAGAAGAAAAUGUAGUACAAGAUUCAAUGGUUUAUGUCCAAUCAGCUUUAUUAUAUACAAAUUCUAACGGGGAAAGAAGAAUACGAUUACAUACAUAUGCUUUACCUAUAACACAAAAUAUAAAAACUAUAACUGAUUCAAUAAACCCACAAGUUGUUGUAUCUUUGUUAGCUCACCAAGCAAUAGAUAUUAGUAAAAAAGGAAAAAUAGCAGAUGGAAGAAAUUUAAUUCAAAAUCUAUGCUCACAAGUAUUAUCAUCUCAAUUAUUACAAUCAGAAUGUGCAAGAUUGUUAUCUUUAUAUAUCUUAGGUAUGCUCAAAUCAGUAGCAUUUAGAGAUAGUGGAGAUGUUCCAUCUGAUCUAAGAAUAUAUCAUUGGUAUAGAUUAGAAAAUAUACCCGUAGAAUCUGUUGAGGCAAAUUUCUAUCCCAGAAUGUUUAGUUUACAUAAUUUAGAAAAGCAUCAUGGAAACCUAGACGAAAAUAAUAAUAUAGUAUUACCUGAUGCAUUGAAUUUGACAUGUGAAAAUAUGACUCAAGAUGGUUGUUAUAUAGUUGAGGAUGGAGAGACAAUAGUCAUGUGGAUAGGAAGGAGCAUUAAUCCUCAAUGGAUCUAUGCAGUUUUUGGUGUACAAACCAUAGAUCAAUUAAACACGGAAUAUGCAGAAAAUCAUUUAGGUUCAACAGGAAAUCCUUUCGGAGUACAAAUAUUAAAUAUAAUUAAUACAUUAAGAAAAAUAAGAACACCAUGUCAUAUGAAAUUAUUGGUAGUAAAACAAGGAGAUCCCUUAGAAUAUAAAUUUUUCUCAUACUUAAUUGAGGAUAGAUCACAACACAUGAUGCUGUCUUUAAAAGAAUUCUUGGCCAAAAUUU